AUGUCCAGCAAACUCCAUUCAGACCUUGCUCACCACCCAAAGUCCCCAAAGACUAUGAGGGCAGUGAUAUUUGUGGGCCUCGGCGAGGUCGAGACGCGCGACGUGCCCUUCCCGGAGAUCGAGGAGCCAGAGGACGUCAUCCUCCGCAUCACGACCUCGGCGGUCUGCGGCAGUGAUCUUCACAACUACCGUGGCUAUUUUGGCCCGCCAAAGUUUCCCUAUCCCAUCGGUCACGAAGCAGUCGGGGUCGUUUAUAAAGUCGGCCCUGCGGUCGACAGCUUCAAGGUUGGUGAUCGUGUCAUCACCGCCAUACCAGACGAUCGCCCCAUCACGACAAAGAAUGCAUUUACUUCGCCAGGGCUUGACCUACUUUUAGGAGGAGAAUUUGGCACACAAGCCGAAUACAUGCGCAUACCGUUUGCGGACAGCUCCUUAAUUCCCAUUCCCAAUCGAAUUUCCGACAAGGAGUGGAUCAUGGUCAGCGACGCCUUUGCCACGGCAUGGCAAGGGCUGGACUGGGCUGGGUUCCAACCCGGAGAUUCCGUGGCUGUUUUUGGAGCCGGCCCGGUUGGUCUCAUGGCCGCAUACAGCGCUUCCCUCCGCGGCGCGUCCAGGAUCUACAUUGUCGACCACAACCAGCAGCGGCUGGACAAGGCGCUCGAAAUUGGAUCCGCCGUGAUUCCGAUCAACUUCCUGACCGAAAAGGCCAGCGACCAAAUACUCAAGACAAGCCCCGGCGGCGUCAACCGCGCCAUCGACUGCGUAGGCCAGGAGGGGGUUAACCAAAAGCUGAAGAUCGAAUGGGACUACGUCCUACGCGAAUGCAUCCGCGUGACCACGACGGGCGGUGGCAUCGGGCUGGUGGGCGCCUACGUCAAGUUCGCCAAGUCGGAGGGCGUGCCAAACGCCGAUGAGGUUCCGGCGGAGCUCAGCGUCCCGGUGGCGGAGCUUUUUGCAAAACAGCUCUCCGUCAAGGCGGGCACCAUGGACCCGACGCGAACUGCCCGGCAGAUGGUGAGUUUGGUGGAGAACGGGCGCGCCAAGCCCUCGUUCGUCAUCGACGAGGGUCCGUUCGAUCUGGACCAGGCGCCUCAGCUGUAUCGCCGCUUCAACGAAGGCAAGAUCAUCAAGGUUUUGUUCAGGGGCGCGCCUAGACCAGAGGAGUGGGAGCAGUGUGGCGAGAAAGGUGCGCCGGAGGGACACGUCAACGGUCAUAAUGUUUAG